ACACCGCUGCCGCUGAACACGGGAGCGCGAGCGUUAAAACCAACGGGAUCGCGCGCUCCACAUUUAAAGGAGAAGCCGUGGGCUUCUGGUAGCCAGUCCGCUCACGUGUAAUCACGUUUAUAGCCUUGCGAUUGUAGUAUUACAAUAUUAUAUACAUACAUAUAUAUAUGUAUUUAAUUUUUAUUAAUAUUACCGCGAGGACGUUAAUCGUAUAUCGGUUCUGACUACAGCCGUGUCGGUUUGGAUUGUCCUCGAGCUCUACGGAAGGAAAAUCGGUUAGAAUAAAUGGAUCCGGAGAGAUUUUAUUUUCCCAGCACGAGACGGUGAAAAAGAAGUUGGUGUGUUCGCUGUUGUAACGUCGCUGCGCAGAAUAAAGUAUCCGGUUGUGUUCGUUACUGUCCCGCUCUGUGUCCGUCUCUACCGCCCGGUGAAGCCCGUUACAUCCCGGGAUUUCCUUCUUUUCUUUCCUUUUGUGUUUUUAUUUUUAUUCCUUUCAGUACGAACCGGUUGAACGAUGCAGCUCCGGACCGUGUUGGAUGUGAAAGUGGUGGACGUGGAGAAAAGACGGCAUCCUUCCAAACACUAUGUUUAUCUCAUCAAUGUCACAUACUCUGAUUCCACGUCCCACGUUAUCUACCGGAGAUACAGCAAAUUCUUCGACCUUCAGAUGCAGCUUCUCGACAAGUUCCCAAUCGAGGGAGGGCAGAAGGACCCCAAAAAACGCAUCAUCCCUUUUCUUCCAGGAAAAAUCCUGUUUCGGCGAAGUCAUGUUCGAGAUGUGGCAAUGAAGCGACUGCGCUUUAUAGAUGAUUAUUGCAGGGCGCUGGUGCGACUUCCUCCCCAGAUCUCCCAGAGCGAGGAAGUUCUGCGCUUCUUUGAGACCAAACCAGAUGACAUGAACCCUCCUGUAGAGGAUUAUGGUACCAAGCGCAAAUCAGGCCUGGACGGCAGUGAACCCAUGGUGCUGGAGCAGUACGUGGCUGUAGCCAACUACGAGCGGCAGGAGAACUCUGAGAUCAGCCUGCGCGCCGGCGAGACGGUGGACGUAAUCGAGAAGAGCGAGAGCGGCUGGUGGUUUGUUAGUACUGCAGAAGAACAAGGAUGGGUUCCUGCCACAUAUUUGGAUGCUCAGGCUGGCACCAGAGAUGACCUGGACUUGGGAACGUCUAGAUCAGGAGAGGUUACUAAGCGGCGCAAGGCCCAUCUGAAGCGACUGGACCGGAGGUGGACACUAGGGGGCAUAGUCAACCGCCAACAGAGUCGAGAGGAGAAGUACAUCACUGUUCAGCCCUACACCAGUCAGGGUAAGGAUGAGAUCGGGUUUGAGAAAGGAGUAACCGUGGAGGUCAUUCAGAAGAACCUGGAGGGAUGGUGGUAUAUCAGGUACUUGGGCAAGGAGGGCUGGGCCCCAGCUUCAUACCUGAAGAAGCCAAAGGACGACCUCUCCCCAAGGAAGAAGACCAUGACUGGCCCUGUGGAAAUCAUUGGUAACAUAAUGGAGAUUAGCAAUCUGCUAAACAAGAAAGCCGUCAGCGAAAAGGAUGUGCAGACAGAUGGAGAGGCCACUACACCAGAUCGUCACAUCUCCAAGAGCGAGAUCAGUCUUCCCAUGCCAUGUGCCCCUGAAGCAGAACAGGCUUCAAUGACAGCCAGCCCCGCCCCAAAGGCAGUUUUGCAGUCUGUAUGUAGUGCCACCCCACAAGACACUAAGCCAAAGGCAGAGCCGGGCUCGCCUGCUAUAGCAAGAGUUGCGCCACACAGAGUGGAGAUCGGAUCUCCCAACCUCAGACAGAAACCCCCCCCUCGCCGAGAUACAAAUCUGGGAUUCCAGCUGCCAAAGCCUCCAGAGCCCCCUACCGUGGAAACAGAGUACUACACCAUUGCAGAGUUUCAGUCCUGCAUCUCAGAUGGCAUCAGCUUCCGUGGAGGACAAAAGGCUGAUGUAAUAGAGAAGAACUCUGGUGGCUGGUGGUAUGUCCAGAUUGGGGACAUGGAGGGUUGGGCACCUUGUUCCUACAUUGACAAGCGCAAGAAGCCUAAUCUAAGCAGGAGAACUAGCACACUCACUCGGCCCAAAGUGCCACCCCCAGCACCACCUGUCAAAAAGCAGGAUUCUGAGGACAUUUCUUGUCCCAGUGCUUCUGCCUCCAAAGCUCCAGAAUCCCCCAGUAGACCUGUAUAUGAGGAGCCAGAGUACGACAUUCCCGCUAUCGGAUGUGACCUGGAAGUGGACACAGGCAUUAUAAAAAAGGAGCCUCGUCUUGUGCUUAUAAAAAGCAGCAAAGCUGCUGCUGAAAGGAUUGCUCAGGCUACAGGCAAAGCCUCACCUCUUUUUACUGUGAAGACUUCCCCCUUAAGGAACGAACACUCAGUAGAAGUAGUCACCAGAGAGGAGGCAAUUUAUGAGAAUGAUGGUUUUAGAUACGCCUCUGAUGACUUUGUCUCUGCCAGAGAAUCUAUUGCCGUGGGUUCAGAAUCACCAAGAAGUCGUACUUUGGGCCGCAAACCCCUGGGGUCUUCAUCUGCUGGAGGAAAAUCUUACAGGGACACUCAAGAUCUACGAACUCAGUCACUAACCCGUGGCGAGAAGACCAGCCCAAGGUUGUCUUCAGAUGAAUCUGGCCGUAAUCCCAAAAGGGAGCCAGUUUUACGCAAGGAUGUGGAGCUUCGAAUUGGUCAGAGCCCCUCAACUCGCCCCAAGCCAGUGGUUCGACCCAAGCCCCUAUUGACCAAGUCUGAAACACAGAGCCCAGAGAGGAUGGACAUAAGUAGCUUGCGACGACAGUUGCGUCCUGCCGGAAUUCGGCAUGGGAUGGUCCGUGCACGUGGUGAAGACUCUGAGACUGCAUCAGUGGUGUCAUCAGAGGAUUCUGUAACUUCCCGUAGCACUUCAGAUCUCUCCAGCACCUACUCUAAGGGCAGCAGAGGGGACUCUGAUUAUGAGGGUACUACCUUGUACCGUACCACAGAUGCAUAUGAGCGGGCACAAGAAUCUGAGCUCAGCAUUCCUGCUGGUGUGGAAGUGGAGGUACUGGAAAAGCAGGAGAGCGGCUGGUGGUAUGUGCGGUGGGGUGUAGAUGAAGGCUGGGUACCUACAUUCUACCUAGAGCCUAUUAGGCAACCUUCAGAUGCUGGUGUCUCAGAGUCUCAUGACGGAUCCCUGGCAGAGCUGAGCAACACCAGCAAGUCGAAUAGCUUAGAAAAGAAUGAGCAACGUGUUCAGGCUCUCAAUAACCUAAAUCAGCAGAAUCUACGUCGUGCAACAAAUCCCAGUCCUCCUAUUCCCAAUAAGCCACCGGGUGGUUUUAGUAAGCCAUCCCCCCAGCUCAACGGUUCAAGUGUACGUAUGCGGAAUGGCAUUCGUCAGGCAGCUGUGCGACCACAGUCAGUUUUUGUGUCCCCACCACAGCCUGUGAAGGAUACCAAUUUAUACACAGGGUCCUUAAGGCGUAACGAAUCACUAGGUGCCAGCGAUCAUAUGAGGUCUAGUGGUGGUGUGCGUCGAAACUCUUCCUUCACUGCUGUACGCCCACAGCCCGUUACCGAUGUAAGGAUGAGGUCUGGAACCACCACAAUUGCACCAACAGGAAGCUCUAGUCCAUUGAUUGCUCAGAGAAAUGGAAUUCCAAUCUCUACAGUGAAGCCCAAACCCAUAGAGAAAACACAUCUCAUCCAUAACAACCUACGGGAAGUCUAUGUCUCUAUUGCAGAUUAUCGUGGAGACGAGGAGACUAUGGGCUUCCCUGAAGGCACCAGUCUGGAGGUUCUAGAAAAGAACCCUAAUGGAUGGUGGUACUGCCAGGUUCUAGAUGGCCUUCAGGGAAGGAAAGGCUGGGUGCCUUCCAACUACCUUGAAAGAAAGAAAUAGCACCAACUCACCUCCCCAAAGAAUGUUAGUUAAAUUUAAAUGUACAUUUCCUAUCAAACUCUAUGAGGAGGACCUUUUUGUAUCAAUGAGACACUUUAGUGCUGGUUUACUUUAAAAGUACAUAAGACUCUAAAUAUGAUCAGUUAUUUGUAAGUGGAGUACGCAAGUACGAAAAUGCCAUCAAGCAAACUGGGCUAACCCAGUGUCUUAAGCAUCAUUGGAGAAUAAUGUCUCCAGUCUGAACGAAGAAUAACAGAAAUGAUUUUGAUAGAAUGGAAGAUCCAGGCAAAUGUUGAGAGAAAUUUUAUGCCAAAUGGGUGCCUUUGUCCAUCAUUGACUGAAUGUUAAACGGAAUAACUUAAACACCAGUGAAUCAGUAUACAGUAAGUACCAAACUUGGUGCCAUAGGCCUGUUAGUGCAGAAAUCAACCAAAACUAUUUUUGCUAUAAAAUUACAGAAAAAAAGAGAACCGGAGAGAUUUCAGUAUGAGAGUAACACACAAAACAAGUGGGCACUCAAAAAUAAGAAUGUAAGACAUCGGUUACGCAAAUAACAAACGGUUGUUACCGCUGAGUGCAUUUAACGAUUACAUUUGAUUUUCUUAUUUUUAAACUUUUGUUCAGUUUUUGUAAUUGCUUUAUUCGUAUCUUGUGCAUUUUCAUGUCUUCCUUAGAGACGUAUUUCUGCUUUCUUGUGACAUCCCUGCAACUCUUAUCAGCCUGGAAAAAGAAGUCCCUCAACGUGAUAUUUGUCAUGUUAUCUUUCAUUUUUCUGAUGUGUCUCUGAUGAGGGUUUUGUUAAUUGGCAUUACGUUUUUCCCUUCACAUAGCUACAGUAUAAAGCCCAGCCAUCAUGAAUAAAGGUCACUGAUUCAUUAAAGAACAAGAUGUGGUGCCAUUAUAUGUAACUCAGAUGGACAGGAAAUUGGAUACGCUAUAAAGUUGGAUUUGAAUACUUUUUAACCCACUUCACAUCUGGGUAUCAAUCCCAGACUGAGUUUAGUUUGCAAAAUUGCACAAAAAAAACAAAACAAAACAAAACAAAAACAGGUUAUAUUGCUGCUCUAGGUCUACUAUAUUUACUGUUUUUAAAUUUUCAUACUGGAAUAUUUGCUUAAUGUUCACCAGUCUAUCCCAGGGAAUUAGUUACAUACAAAUGAGCCCAAAAUGUGAUCAAACGAAAGCAAAAUGUCAACACAUUUGCUAGUUUGUUUUGUUUUAGUAUUUAUUUUGUGGUUACAAAGAAACCGAUGUAGUCAGUGAACCCAAACGAGGUUUUAGAACUGAGCAGAAAAUAGAUAUUUAAUUACUGUAUCUGGAAGCACUUGAUUUUUCUUUCUUUACCCACAAAAAGCACAUUGAUAUGCUAGGUUUAUUUCAACAUAUAACCAUAUUGCUGGGCAGUAUUGGAGUCAAAGUUGAAGUUACACAGCAAGCAGGUCAGCUUCGUUUUAGAUUGUGUUUUCCUUGAUUUAAAAAAAAAAAAAAAAAUGUACAAAUGUAAUUUCAUCUAUGGGUUAAUUCAAUUUGAAUAGUCGUUCUUUCCCAAAUUAUUAGUUGUUUAGUAAAAAAUAAAAUAAAUAAAUAAUUCUAUUCAAUCCCCCUUUUUGAAGGACCCUAAUUCAAAAAUAAACAUAUGGAUGCGAUCCAUGUCAAAAGGCUGAUGUUCAAGACUGCUGAAAUAUUUUUCUAACGAACAGUGCUGUGUGAACUCUUAGUCAGGUCAAGCACUAAUGUGGUUUUUUUUUUGUGUUGUUUUUCUGCUGGACAGUAUUAUAGUAUAAAACAAAGUCAAAUACCUGCUAGAUUGCAGUUAUAUUCUAUUAAGCUGUAGCUAGUUUUUGUUUUCUCUUCCUUUUGUUCUUGUUGUGUGAUCACACUCAGACAAUAAUGAUGAACGGAGUGGUUCAUUUGUUGUGAGAUGGUGCAUUCUUUUGGUAAAUCAAAAAUGCAUCUAUUUAAAGAUGCAGUGUACUUCAUCAGCACAUUAUUUAUUGAACAAAAAUGUUUUUUUUUUUUUUUUUUGUAUUUAUGAUUAUUUAAUUCUUUUUAAUUAUUACCUCUCAUUUUGCGCUCAGUGAUUUAGCCACCGCUUAAAGACUCCACAGUGGCGCCCUCUAGUGAAACAGAUUGGCUACUGCUAUAUUCUCUUUUAUAUUUUUGGACUGCCAUUGAUCUGAGGCCAACUGAGAUUUUUUUUUUUUUUUUCCACUAUUUUUUAAAAACGCAGGUAAACAUUUAUUCAUAUAGAAUCUAUUUUAUCAGGUCAUGUUUUUUCCCUACACUUUUUUUUUUCUUUCCAAAAGCUGAUUGCUGCACCUUUAGCAACCAUGGACACUUCCUCUCUCAUUAUUGGAAUUUCUAUAAUGCCAGAUAUUCUGUUCUUUUCAUACCUAUACACUUUUUCUUUAAUUGGGGGAAAAAAAAAAGAAGAAAUGUCUAACACGAAUUACAGGAUCAAUUUUACAAACUGCUUCAGUCAUUCAUAAUGAAAUCAUUUAUUUUGGUUAGGAAUAUGAGUUGAAAAAAAAAAAGGUUUGCUCAAUUUAAAGGAGAUUAAUAGAAUUUCGUUUCAUUUCCCCACCUCCCCAAAUCCCCACCCCGACGAAGGCAUUAUAGAAACGUGUUGACUCACUCUAACACUUUGAAUGGAUAUUGUUUCUGUCAAGUAAAUUCCAUUUACAUUUUGCGCUUUUUUUGUUUUGUUUGCAUCAACAAUUUACAAGGGAAAUAUUACUUCACGCUAGUCCUUUUUUUUGUAUCAUGUAAUUUUGUAUCAUCUAUCCUUUAUGUUCGGUCUUCCUUUUUUUAAUCUAUAUAUUUUUUAUUGCGGUUUAUUAUUUCCUUUAUCCCUCCCCCUCCAUGUGUUUUUUUUUUUUUUCUUUUUGUGACACAAAUGUAAUGAGGAAAUGUGCAAUAGACUAAUCGGCAUCUCACCAAAAACAAGGAACUGUCAGAGGUUUUUUUUGAUACUGGAUCAGGACCCUUACUUUUUAAUGUCAGCUUUUCACGUCAAGUAAAAACAAACAUCAAGUGUCAUUCCACGUUUUCCGAUCAAACGUUCUAAAUGUCCCGAUACACAGGACAGAUGGACAUCGGUGCCUGACUCCAUAGCAGGACUCUUAAAACUUUGUGUUGUCGCCAUUUGUGCUGUUGUAUUGCCACAAGACCACAUCUAACAAUAAUGCCUUUUUUUCUGCCAGUGGGAUAAAAUUUGAAGUGGGGGACAUUGGAGUCUUCCUCCUUCACACUGCCAGUGUUUAAAUGUUUCCGUCCAACCCACUGGCUUGUUCGCUUAUUUUGAAUUUAAAAGCAGGACUUCGUAACCAGCUGUUGCUUCCAUCCAGCGUUUCACUCUGUACCUCUACAACCACUCAGAACAGGGAUUCUCAUAACCUCUUAAUUAACACAUCAGAAAAACAUUGUGUCGUGGAACAUGCUUUUCUUUUCUACAAA